CUCAGGGAACAAGUCUGUCCGAGGGCGAACGUGUGUAUGUGUUUGUGAGUGAAAAGCCGGCGAAGGCCAGUAUCUUAGCUCUGUUUAACGAAGUUUCUAUGUGAUGCUAAAUUUCAUUUUAUCUUCUUGUCGCUGGUUCGUCAUUUUAGGUUGUGAAGAGCAGCACAAACAGAAGUAAAGUAGAUUCGGUAUCAUUGUUAUUGUGGCAUCUUCAUAUCCGUACCUCGGUCUGUGUGAACGUCUGCCGUAAAAGGUUUCUAUCGUUACUAAGACUUCGUUUGACUUUUGUAUUAAUGUCAGCGACUGGUGGUGACACAGUAAAACAAGAAGUGUUGUGAAGCCUUAAAAUACUGAGAAAGUAUCGCCUCGUGUGUAAUAUUCCGAUUUGUCAAAGAAAGGGUGAACAGGUGAUCUAGAUUCGACAGCCUUCUCUUAUCUACUACUUAGUUGUUUUGUAUCACAAAAACGGACGUUUCGGAUGAAACUAAUUCUUGUUAAUAAGAAAAUGUGCAGAUAACCACCUCAAAUCCUGUAAUCGACAUGAAAGUUAAAUGGAACAGACGUUUAGACGGUUUUCCGCGCCGUGAUCAGCGUCCUCUGUCGACUGAGCUCGAAUAUGAACACGUUGAUGAAUCAGAUGUAUCAGUGUCGUUGCAAGACUCCGAAGAAUUUUUUGACGAGCAUAAAAAUAAGAAACCGAAACGUGGAAGAUUUCUAAACAUUUUCAAGUUGAUAACAAAGAAACAAAAGUCUCCAGAGUUUGAAACAAAAAUAAGGAAUGAAAAAUCUUUACAGUCUCAAACUGAUUAUUCUCGAUGCCAGUAUCAUACAAGCUUAUUACCGACCAAUGUCGAGUCUUCGGGCUCGAGCACUAGUGUGGCUAUUGAAGAUGUUCUUCUGGAAGUCAUGGCUGCGCCAAAGGAUCCUACACAAUCGGAGGAAGCAGUGACAGCAAAUUCUUCUCGAGGUAAAAGUGGAAAUAUACAAACCUCGGCUACUCUUUCUUCGUGGUUAGAUCCCAACAUUGCUUGCCAAGAAAAAAAUGUUGACGAAAAAGAUUUCAACUGGGAAACAACGUCAGUUUCUUCGACGGAUUCCAAUUCUGAGGGAAAAACUUCAUCAGAGAAGGAUGACCGUGUGAAUGAUAAGCCAACCUUUGAUGAGAGGACUAACAUAAAAAAUCAUUAUUCUGAAAUUGUCACAUGUCAACCGAAGCAGAGAAGAUCUGAAGAAGAGCACUUGAUUAAAAUUAGAAGCCUAGAAAUGGUCAAACAUAUCUCGGAUAUUUCCAAGAAUGAAAAAUCAGUAAAAUUAACUACCCGCGAUUUGCAAGAGUCCUCCACAUGUGCAUCAGCGUCUCAUUCCAAAACUCUCUUAAAUCUUCCACUGUCCGAAGAGGCAGAGAGCAAAGAAAUCAAUAAGAAAAUGAAUACUGAAAACUACAAGUUUACUUCUUCAAAAAGCACAAUCAAACAGACAAAGACAGAUGAAGAUUUGUCGACGAAGAAAAAUGUUGAUGCUCUAAAGGCACCAGAAAAAGCGAUAAUAAUAAACAAGAACCAGCAUAAAACACAACAGCAUGUAAGGUUUGUGGAUCAGUUACCCGAAGGAGCAGAUACUUGGUCCUGUAAGAGUUCCAGUUCAGUUAUUACAACCGAAAUAUCUCCUCUUAUUGACGAUGAAAAAGAUAGUAUAGGUUAUCGGGACGAACAAGAAACUGAAACAAAGGAUGUGAAACAGAAGCGCCAUAUGUUUAGAGAUGGACAGGCAAAGAAGUCGGCUAGAGAGUCAAAGAGAAAAGACAUAUUUCCGCCUAAGUUUACAGCGAAUCUUCACGAAACAAAAGCAAGGGGAAACACUUACUUAGAAGAUGAGAAACCAAAAGAUGACUUCCUAACAGAUCUGGACUUUUCUAAAACGGAAUCUGUCAAAAUAACACGAACUGGCUGGUCCAGCCAAGAUAUGAUUGUACUGGGAACAAAUGAUCCACCACAACGGAUGGGAAACCAUCCAUCAACGUUUCGGAACCAAAAAGAAAGAAGCGUUGAUUUGGUUCGGCCUGAUUCGCAAAAGACUGCACAGAAUGAACACGAAAAGCCAGAUAUCGUGACUUCAUGUGGUCCACAAAUGAUUAAGAAGAAAAUGAUCGUCUCUUCUCCCGUCCCAUCAGAUUCUCCUACUCCGUCCACGUCCUCACCCUUCCAUAAGACAGGUGACAUUAAGCGAGGCACAUGCAUUGCCUGCCACCUACCACAGACGACUUCAGGACAAAAGGAAGAUACCCCUGCACCAAAUGGUACCAAAACUUGCAACUUUGAAACCAGAGACUCCCAAUUAGAGAAUGUAAAACUACCAGCAAAAUACUCCGAUGUCAGCAGUCUUACCCUUUCCCAACUAGAGAUACUGGUACUACAGUGGAUACACGAGAAUGGAAAUCCUCUUUAUUUUUCUGAAAAAAAAGAACGACGUCCAGGCCUUCCAGCAGAGCAAAGGAAGAGUCGAAGGGAGUAUGUUCAAGAGAUUCAACGGCUUGGAGCUCUGUGUGAGACACGCACCAAAGAAUUGAAAUUACUGAAGAUACAACUAAAACAUGCCUUUUUGGGAUUUGACUCUUUCAGCAUUGUUGUGAAGUACUUGACAGAGGAGUUGGAUGCGUUGUCCCAUCCCCGCAUAUUAUCGGAAUUAAAGAAAACUCGAGACGAUCUUCAAAAGACAGAAGCUCAACUUAGACGUUACGAAACGCACUUAGAGCAAUUAAAGCGAAAUCAUGAGGACGAAAUACAAGAACUAACCUCUAAGUUGGCAGCAACGCACAGAGAAGAGAUCGAAACAUUAAUCGUUAAUCAUCAAGAAGAACUUAGAAAAUUACAAGAUGAACACGACAAAGAGGUUGAAGACUUGAAAACUAUUCAUGCUCAAUCUGCUAAAGAUGCCCAGAGCAGGAACAGUCUAUCAGUUGCAGCUUUAAAAGAACAACACAAUCGUCUAAUUGAAGAUCUGGAGAAGGACUUUGCCAACCAAAUGCAACAGGCUGUAGAGAGUCACGAGAAAGCUCUAGACUCCUUAAAGCAGCAGCUUCAAGACCUACAGAAGCAGUGUGAAGAUCUCCAGCUAGAGAAGAAGCAGAUGGAAAGCAGUCUCCAGGAAGACACCAACACUAAACUACAGUGGGUUCUUGCUCAAAAAAGUAAUCUUCAGAAAGAAGUAGAAAGUCUACAAACUGUGCUCGAGUUGAAGGUUGCAGACAUACACCAUCUUCGUACAGAAAACCUGGAAAUGCAGAAAGAGUUGGAGAAGUUACCAUCUGCUAGGCAGGAGAUUCAGAAGCUAAAAGCAAGAAAUGAAGACUUGCAAGCUAUGGUAGAUGAGAAGGUUCGAAUUGAGAGACAGCUAGCAAGUGAAAGUCUACACCUAAAGGAAGAGUUUGAGAAAGAGUUCAAGUCGAAGUCACGGUUGUCUAUGGAGAAAGAAGAACUUCAGUGGAGACUGAAGCAAACAAUGGAAGCAAGUGCUUUGUUGUCAACAAUGUCUGAUUCGUCCUCGGAAAUCCUGGAUAAACUUUUACAUGACGAGUCAUUGUUGAAGUCUCCAGUUCGUAUGUCUGUGUUCCUGAACGAACUCGAUACUAGUCUAACACAGGGAGGAAGAAGUCCUGGCAAUCACAGACAGGUCACUGCUGGGGGAAGACCUCCAAAUACGAUGUCAAAUCCCGAAAACUGUAGAUAUUCUGGUAGGCCAUCCUCCAGGUCCUCACCUCCUACACCUAUUGCGAAAAAGCUUCGAUGUUCUAACCAAUCUGACUCUGUUGGUGGUACUCCGAAACGGUCCCGUUCAAACAAGUCACCGAUACGAGAAACGAACAGAAGUGACCAUUCUAGUGCCAUUGAAGUCUGUGAUGCGCAGAAUCCAACAAACGGACACGCGGAGAAUGAUGAUUUAACACCAAAACAACAGAGGAUGAGUUAUUACACGUCAUCAGUAAAUGUCUCUCAGAAAAAUCUUAGUUUAAACGCGCCUCACCCUGAAAAUAAUGAAGAUGAAGAGUCAUAUUCAAUGACAAGUGACCAUCAUCAUUGUACAAAAUCGGAUGUCUUUUGCCCAGAGAGGCGUAUGGUAUUUUCUAACUCUCCCGAAUCUUCACUGAGCGUUUGUCAGGGUAAAGGUCCUAGUCUUCUCGAGUUCACAGACAACGAAGCUCACGGCAGUAGAGAAAAAGAACAGCAUAAAUCAAAGUCAGAAACUUAAAAAGAGUUCAGCAGUUUGGCCAGAUUUGAGGGCACAGAAGUAGGCGAACCUUAUAUUUGUUAACUAUCACAAAUUCCAUGAAAUAUAAAGCUUGUAGAAGAGACUUAUUAUAUCUAGGAAUAGUAAUAUUUGUGUCUGUUUAAGUAAUCAAUAAAUCUAUUUCAGUAACAUGGUAAAUACGAUUUGGAAAACGAAAUCGGUUUACCGUAGAAGUAGUAAUAAAAUGUAUAGCUAAAAGAUUGAUCAUUACUUGUUGAAAAAAAUUUUUUUUUCUCUCUCUCCUAAGAGCUGAAGAGCUAUACUUAUUAUAAUGGCAUUAUUAGAAAAUUAUUUAUUUUUACAAAUCCUUUACCGAAAACUACUAGUUAAUCUCGUAAACACCUAUCAAUACGUCGAACAAAAAUGAAAUCAUGAACAAAUAACUGUUGCCAGCCAGUAGUCAGAUGUUAAGCCUUCUUUUUGUAAUGGUGUACAGUAUUUCUGACUGGAAAGUGUAAGUUGUAAUAUAUAUAUAUUAUGUACAUCUGUUUGUUAUGAUAUUUGCUAAGCGUUUCAACUUUUUAUUUGGUGAUUUACUUUUAUUUGUAGUGUAGUUUGAAGAUUUUGCAAGAGUUACGUAAUAACUUUGCAAUGAUAUUGCUUUGUUGUUCAAAACAUUCCAAAACUAUUCUCAUUUUCAUAUAGAUUAUAUGUUAUAAACGUCAUUAGUUAACUAAUGUAUAUAUAUAUAUUGUUCUUUUAUGUACGUGUGCUACUGUAGCUCUGAAAAUCUUGCAUUAAUCUAUAAUAUUGGAUAUUCGAAUAAAUAUUUCACCGUUGAUCUACCCAACAUUAUAUCAAAGCGACAUCUCGUGGGUCUGAUUUUUUCCUUACAAACCAAAACUUCUGCUUGGAAGCAACCUGUCAGAAUCACCACUUGGUGGGGUUUCCCGCAACGUUUCCAGAUGAUAUAAAACGAUAAUAGUUUUUCAGAUGUCAGAUGUCUCUCUUUUUAAAAAAUUUCAACCCUCUAGUUAUAUUCUAAUAAACGCUUUUUUGUAGCAUUAAAUACAACAAAAAAUGGCGAAUUUUUAUUUGUUUUUGAUAUCACUCAAAACUAAGUUUCAUCUCUGCUACAAUCAUUUCAAAAAUUGAGGGCUAGCACUGACAAGCAGAGUCGUUUAGACCGUAUGACGUCACAGACGAUGAGUCUUAUUCCUGUCAUCUCACGUAGGGCCGCGUCAGCCUAACUAAUUGAAUAAUUUCCAUUUUCCUGGUGACUGUCUUUAAGAUUAUUUUCAGUUACACGUCAGAUUCUAACUGGGACGAUAGACAAGGCCAGCAUCUUCCAUCAGAAAAGUAAGCUAGUCGAGGAAUGUAAUAAAGAAUAGGUUUAAAUUAUAGAAAACUGGUCGCCUCUUUCCCCAUCCGUAAUAUUACGUAAGAAAGAUAAUGUUUCCCUUGAGAGUGUGAAAAAUAUUAAAUAUAAUUAUAUGUAAUGUUUAGACGAGAUGUUGUUUUAAAAAUACGAGUAGGUGUCAUAGAAGAAGAUGGAAACCGAUUUCCACAAUGCAAUUUUGUGUUUCAUGUUUUUAUUGUUGUGUGUAUGAAUUUUGAAUCCAAAUGGAAGAUUAAGCAGAGUAUACGUGAUAAAAUAAAUUUAUUUAGUUGAAAGAUUUUUUUUUUAGCUAACUGUUGUUUAAGCCACUCA